UCCUAAGGAAGAAUUUGGAAUGGACCAGCCCUCAGGACGUUGGCCUCAGGCUCUGGGGCUGUUCAGGCAUCUGGAGUGGUUCCUUGGCAGGGGUCCUGUAGAUGGGCCAAGUUAUGUUCCAGGUCUCUUCCUACCCCUCAGAUACUUUCAUUCUAAGUGUUCCAAGUCUUCUCAAGAACACUGUUGUACUUUAAGAAGCUUCUUAUUUGAAGGGUGGGGGGUGUAAGAAGAUGGCUACUCCAUGCCUAUUACUGUACUUGUUUGGUAGAUAACCAAAAUAUUGGAAGUCGAUUCAUGUGUAGCUUCCAUUUACCAAGCAUGUCCUACACGUGGGGCACUGUGUUAAGUGCUGUACAGAAAUUAGUUUUACAGUAAUCCUGUAGGGUCAAUAUUCAUAGUUGGAUGGAUGAGGGAAUUGAGGCUAAGAGAGAUGAAUUGAUGGAAGGCCUAGAAGUGAAUUAGGAGAAGUAGGACCCAAGUUGCAAACAUGAAGUUGACUACAAAGCCUGUAUUUGUAACUAAGGAGAAUGUUUUGUUUUUAUUGUUGAUUCCUUUUCCAAUCUGUAUUCUCUUUUCUUAAAUACAGACACGUAUUGGUUGAGAGAUGGUGUUAGAAGACACCUAAGAUCUCUUCCAACUCUGACUAUUGAUGAUUGAGUAUGUUAUUUCUUUCAUUUACAGCAGCCACUCUGGCCCACACUGUGCUAUAAAGCAGAGGUCAGUGGACUUUCUGGAGAGGGCCAGAUAAUAUUUUAGGCUUUGCAGCCCAUACUCAACUCUGCCAUUGUAUCCAUAGACAUUUUGUCAACAAUGAGUGUGGCUGUGUUCCAGUAUAGUUUUAUUUACAGAAAUAGCUUUUGGAGGGACCUGAUUGGGCUCGUGCGCUGUAGUUUGCUGAUCCCUGCUCCAAGGCCGCUUUCCGUGGUAGACUCCAGUGGUCCUCCUUGGUCUCCUUAGGGCUUUGGUCAGUUGUGCAUACGUUUCUGUUUGUAGUUCAUAGACGUUAGGUAAAUUCCGUUGUAGUGCUCCAGAUUUCCCCUUGUGGAAUGCCGCUUAAGAGGCGCUCUGUGGGGCAGUGUAUUUUCGUAGCCUGCUGGUGGAACUGUAAAUUGCACCACCCCAUGACCUAGUGGUUCUGUUCUUGGAGUUCCUGCAGAGAGACGCGCACAUGUGCGCAGGAGGCCUGUUUAGAGUGGUGACCUGCUAAAUGUGGCAUCUCCCCACCAUGGAAUACUGGCAGCAGUUAAAAAGGGCACGAUGGGUCUAUAUUUUCUAACCUGGGUUGUCCAAAUGUAUUGUUUAACAAAAAAGCAGAUUAUAGAUAGAUUUGUAUGAUGAUCUUUUUUUGUGUUAGAAAUGUAUUUUUAUGGAUAUUUUUUAUAGGGGUCACAUGUGUGAAUGUGUAAAGGCCUGAUGGUGUCCAUAUCAAACUAAUAAGAACUGUCACUUCCAAGAAGGAGGAAUUUUGUUGUCAGAGAAUAAAAGGAGUUGGUCCAUAAUUGACUUUAAGCAGCAGACAGUAAAACACUGAGCUCUUCAGCUCCGCCUUUCUUGCUCUGAGAAUUGGAAAACCAAGAAGGUUUUGAUGUUUUGUGUGGCGCCGCCUGAAUUAGAAACCAAGAUGAACGUAACCAAAGGAGGUCUGGUGUUGUUUUCAGCAAAUUCUAAUUCGUCGUGUAUGGAGCUUUCCAAGAAAAUUGCUGAGCGGCUGGGGGUAGAGAUGGGCAAAGUGCAGGUUUACCAGGAACCUAACAGAGAAACAAGAGUACAAAUUCAGGAAUCCGUGAGGGGAAAAGAUGUUUUCAUCAUCCAAACUGUUUCAAAGGAUGUGAACACCACUGUCAUGGAGCUCCUGAUUAUGGUGUAUGCGUGUAAGACCUCUUGUGCCAAAAGCAUUAUCGGCGUGAUUCCCUACUUUCCUUACAGCAAACAGUGCAAAAUGAGGAAAAGAGGCUCCAUUGUCUCUAAAUUGCUGGCUUCGAUGAUGUGCAAAGCUGGUCUAACUCAUCUUAUUACUAUGGAUUUACACCAGAAGGAAAUUCAGGGCUUCUUCAAUAUUCCUGUUGAUAAUUUAAGAGCAUCUCCCUUCUUAUUACAGUAUAUUCAAGAAGAGAUCCCAGACUACAGGAAUGCGGUGAUUGUGGCCAAAUCUCCAGCGUCGGCCAAGAGGGCACAGUCGUUCGCCGAGCGCCUGCGACUGGGAAUUGCGGUGAUUCACGGAGAAGCGCAGGACGCCGAGUCCGACUUGGUGGAUGGCCGGCAUUCCCCGCCCAUGGUCAGGAAUGUCGCUGCCAUCCACCCCAGCCUGGAGAUCCCCAUGCUGAUUCCUAAAGAAAAGCCCCCAAUCACAGUUGUUGGCGAUGUGGGAGGAAGGAUCGCCAUCAUUGUGGAUGACAUUAUCGAUGAUGUUGACAGCUUUCUUGCUGCGGCAGAGACCUUGAAGGAAAGAGGUGCAUAUAAGAUCUUCGUGAUGGCGACUCAUGGCUUAUUAUCUUCAGAUGCUCCCCGACUGAUUGAAGAAUCUGCCAUUGACGAGGUGGUGGUUACCAAUACAAUUCCACACGAAAUCCAGAAGCUCCAGUGCCCCAAAAUUAAGACUGUGGAUAUCAGCAUGAUCCUUUCAGAGGCCAUCCGUCGGAUUCACAACGGGGAGUCCAUGUCCUACCUUUUCAGAAACAUCGGCUUGGACGACUGAG